CCCGCAGGUACGCAGGUGUUUUCUCUCAGGUUCGCAGGUAGGUAAUCCAUUUCCACAAAGCGUUGAAAGGAUAACCCACGCAUUAAAGCUAAUCAACGCGUUUGCAAUGCUGUAUCAAGGUUAUCGUGCAUAAAACGAUAGCAGUAGCGUAGAAAGAGAUCAUAGAAUGCAAGGAAUUCCACGUUUUUCCAUUGGCGUUUGCAUCGAGUUUAUCUCUCACCCUGUGGUGGGAUUGUUUGGUAAAAGGAAGAAGGAAGGAAUGCUUUAUGGAAGCCAGAUAGACAGCCACGGAGAACGUUGUUCUCAUUUUCUGGAAUUCCCUUGACUCUGGUGUCCCAACAAAUUCCAGUCUUCUCAUCAAUUUUUCAUUAAAUUUCCAUCAAUCAUCAGCAUUGAGGUAACUAGGUAAGGACCAAGACGAUUCUCCCCUCUAUUGAAAAAUUGGAAUUUCUUUAUUGUGUUCAAAGUGAUUUGUGUAUGCAGGCAUUGAAAUCACCCAGGUGAAGCUGGUAGAGCCUGUUUAGUAAAAGAUACUAAAAAUGAAAAAUCAUUAGCUAAGGAGCAAGAUCCUAGGAAGAUGAAAUUUUCUGAUCAUUUCAUAAGAGUAGACUUUAAAGACGAGAAAAUAUGCGUUGAGCACCGCUGAAGGUAAAACACAGGUAAUAUACCUGCCUGAGGCUACAUCCAUCCCCACCUGGAGUCCGGUUCUCUCUCCUUGGUUGGUUCUCAGCUUUUCUCCGAGCUGAGUCGAGCCGUUAGUGUCGUUGUCGUAGGAGAGAAUGGUAGUAAUGUGUAUCGCGGAGUAUCGUGGACCCUGAAGGACGUUCGUCAUCGUCGAUCGAGUUCUUUUUUUCAAAUUCGUCCUCAUCUUUGUCCGUCGACGAAAAAAUCGAGGUUCAGCGAUCGUGGAAGCUGGACCCGAUUCGUGAACAGUUCGUGACCUGUUUCGUGAGGAUCUUUUGUCACGGAUGCUCGAGAAGCUCGGGGAAGACGACGACGACUACCUGUUGCCCUCCGUAUCGUAGUAGCUGAUAGUGGUGCGAGGUGAAGGUAACAGACGUAGGAAAAAAGGAGUCGAGGAGGAAAACUAAAGAGGAAGAAGAGGAUACCAAGAUGCCCUGUUCCGCGGUGACGCUGUCCCUCGCGACCAUAACCGGUAUCAUUGCCACUGGCCUCCUAGCGAUCGCCUUUUCCACGGACAACUGGCUCUACACCGAGGUCAAACGUGCCCAAAUCCAGCAAUAUGCAGCCAAGCAUGCCGAGCAGAGCCACUUGGUGGAGCAAAUGAACACGAAAUAUUAUUAUUACACAAGGACGCAGGGUCUCUUCAGGAUAUGUUAUCCCAAAGAGAGGCCACCAACCGUUCAAACGUAUCUAAGUCCUGUGGAGACCCACUGUAUGAAUAUUAAUUACUUCAUUCCGGAUGAAGAGAAUUUAACAAGAGGCUUCUCGGACGAUGCUAUGACUCGACUUCACAUGGGCAGAUCUGUGAUAGCUCUGUUUAUAGUGGGAUUCGUUGCGAUCUUUACGGCAUUCUGGACAGGUGUGGUGGGCUGUUGGAAGAGGUCACCAGGAAAUAUCACAGCCACCGCUAUUUUAAUGCUCUUAGCAUGUUUGUUGAGCGCCAGUGGUAUGGGACUUUGGCACGGGGUGGAGUAUUAUGAGAAAGAGAAGAUCGUGGGAGAAGAGUAUUACCAACAAUGGAGCAACGUUUUAAGGGACAACACGGUGCAGUGGUACGGCUGGUCGUUUUACCUCGCCUGGCUUGGGGUGGCCGCGUGUUUCGGCACGAUGCUGCUGUUCCUGAUCGCGGCAUCCUGUCUGCGACGGGAGCAUGCCCGCGAACAGGCACAGAACGUUCAAUACAUAAUGCCAGUAUAUCCUCAGAAGCAACAAUACGCAUAUGCAGGCUACCCAGCACCUGCGGCAUAUCCUGGACCAUACUACCACGGAUCGCAGUACGGGCCGUAUAAUUAUUGAAAGGGUCCCGUGUCAUCUCUGUCGAUAAAGGAAAGUCUCGGAGCGCGGAGCGUGAAACGUGCUCGCACUGAAUAAAACGAAAUCUGGCAAACGACGUUUCCCAGGGGAACGAUAAAAAAACGCAACGAACGAGACAGAAAACAAAGAGUCUGAAGCUAAUCAUAAAUUCAAACGAGCCUGCGCGAUAGGAGAAAAAAAAGAAAAAAGGAUAAAGGAUGACCUUGGACCUCGCCCUAGACAUAAUUUAUCAUUUUUUUUUUAAAUGCUACAUUAAGGACAUUCUUUGGUGCAAACUCGCGGAUCCCACGGUCUCCGAUAUCCAAAUUUCUCUGUCAACAGGUGUUCGUUUGAAUAAAAGAUUCAGUUCGAACUCGCAAAAGAGACAGUUGCUCAAAAAGUUCACGUAUUAAUAUUUACUUAGAACUGAGAUGACCUUAUAUACAUAUACAUAUGUAUUUUUGUUCUUAAAUCUGAUAUUUGUAUUUGUAUUACUCUUCGUACGUGCUGACCGUGCUAGGACAAUAAUAAAUAGUUAAUGGUAAAUAGUAACAAUAAUGCGUAUCGAGCGUGGGAGAGAAUUGAUCGUUUGUUGCACGUUUGAUUUGGCUACGUGAUCUUUCUCAGGGAAAUGAAGAACGGUUUGACAUUCAACAUUUACCCGCUAUAUCGUAACGUCGAAUUUUUGAAUGUAUCAUGCGAACAUGUAUUGUAUAAAUCUCUCGUAGUGCCUUAUCUUUGAGUACCUUAUUUUUCUUUUAAGUUUACAACACUGCGUUAUUGAAUAUAUGUAUUUCCCUUCAGGAAUUUGUUAUACUUCGAAAGGGUACUUGAGCGAUAAGGAGAAAUCGGUAUACGGUGUAAAAAGUUAGCGAAACAAGAAGAAGUGUAAGGAAAAAUUCGGCAGCAUGGUGCAAGAGAAAUAUCCGUUAGUCAGAUCGAUGUAUGUAAAAAUAGGUGCAUUCGCAAAUAUCUCGUUUCAUAAUAACGAUUCGCGUCAUCGAUUCACUAGACUUUCUAACGUCAUAGAUUCUCUAUUCUAUUUUUAAUAACGUCGAUUUAUAAGAUUUCUUAUUACGGUACCUUUACGUAUUAAUUCUUCGAGUAAAUAAAGUAAAUCGGACUUUUAGUAUAAGUAUCAAAUUUUGUUUCGAAACCAUUUAAUGUUCCCAGAAAUAGGUACUAUAAAAAACCUAACCCUUUAUAUACUACGAACGGUGCGACGUAUCAUUAAAAGUUGUUUAAUAUAUUUGGUACGUUAUAAACGA